AGUGCCAUUGGAUAUUGAUCAGCGUGGUCUCAGGGCUUUCAGAAUGAAUGGAAGGUCAUGUGGCAUGAAUCUCCACCGGACAUCAAGAACCCCACAGGGGCCUGGGCUACUCGGCAGUCAACAUAUCCCUCCCAUCAGAGCCCACUCAGGCACUCCCUGUCCCUCUUCCUGUGCCAGCACACCGAGCCCCACCAUUGGAAGUCUUGGUAAUAGUCUUCACCUCAAGAUGUCCUCUGGAGCAGGGAUGGCUCCUCAGAGCAACAUGGCCACGAGCCCCAUCCAUCUGCCUGCCCUGAGCCCCAGGAGACAAUUAUUGGCCAAUGGAAAGCCUCAGUUCCAGGCUGGUGUCAUGGCAGCAUCGCAUAUUAUAAAACCCAAACAGCAAGAAUUUGGAGACCCCUUCUCUCCAAAUCCUGAGAAAGGGGCUCUUGGCUUUGGGCCUCAGUGCAAGUCCAUUGGAAAAGGCAGCUGCAACAAUCUAGUGGUCACCAGCAGUCCCAUGAUGGUUCAGCGACUGGGACCCAUUUCACCUCCAGCAAGCCAGGUCUCCACAGCAUGCAAGCAGAUCAGUCCUAGCUUACCGAGGGCAGUGAAUGCAGCCAACCUGAAUAGACCUCCUUCAGAUACCAGGUCCGUUAUUUUGCAAGAGUCUCUGGUGUCCACGACUUUGAGUCUGACCGAGAGUCAGUCAGCCUUGAGUGUGAAGCAAGAGUGGUCUCAGAGCUACAGGGCUUUCCCUUCACUUCCGUCCAGCCACAGCUCCCAGAAUGCCAUGGACCUAGGGGACCUUCUUAGCUUGCCUCCAGGCACGCCAGUGUCUGGCAACAGCGUCUCUAACUCGUUGCCACCCUACCUUUUUGGCAUGGAAAAUAGCCACUCUCCUUACCCUAGUCCUCGGCACUCAGCAACCAGGUCCCACUCCACCCGCUCCAAGAAGAGAGCCUUGUCCUUGUCUCCACUGUCUGAUGGCAUCGGGAUUGACUUCAAUACUAUCAUCCGUACUUCACCCACAUCCUUGGUUGCCUACAUCAACGGAUCAAGAGCCUCCCCAGCCAACAUGUCCCCACAGUCAGAGGUCUAUGGGCAUUUCCUGGGUGUUCGUGGCAGCUGCAUCCCCCAGUCUUGUGCAGUGUCCAGCGGGCAGAAAGGCGUGCUGGUUGCCAGUGGAGGAAAUACGCUGCCGGGCUACGGAGAGGAUGGUACACUGGAGUACGAACGCAUGCAGCAACUGGAACAUGGUGGCCUGCAGCCUGGACCUGUAAACAACAUGGUGUUGCAGCCCGGCCUACCGGGCCAGGAUGGCCAGACAGCCAACAUGCUCAAAACAGAGCGCCUAGAGGAGUUUACGACUAGUGCCUUGGACCUGCCCUCCGCGCCACCUCUCCCUCUUCCGCCGCCUCAGGGCCCCCCACCCCCGUACCAUGCCCACCCACACCUUCAUCACCCAGAGCUCCUGCCUCACACCCAAUCGCUGUCCCUGGCCCAGGCUGGUCUGGAAGAGGAUGGAGAGAUGGAAGACUCAGGGGGUAAGCACUGCUGCCGUUGGAUAGACUGCAGUGCCCUUUAUGACCAGCAGGAGGAACUGGUGAGGCACAUCGAGAAGGUCCACAUAGACCAACGCAAAGGGGAAGACUUCACAUGCUUCUGGACUGGCUGCCCUAGAAGAUACAAGCCUUUCAACGCACGAUAUAAACUGCUGAUCCACAUGAGGGUCCACUCCGGGGAAAAGCCCAACAAGUGUACGUUUGAAGGCUGCAAGAAAGCCUUUUCCAGGCUUGAGAACCUCAAGAUUCACUUACGGAGUCACACGGGUGAGAAACCAUACCUGUGCCAGCACCCAGGCUGCCAGAAGGCCUUCAGCAAUUCCAGUGAUCGUGCCAAGCACCAGAGGACACAUCUUGACACUAAACCUUAUGCUUGUCAAAUUCCAGGAUGUACAAAACGCUACACAGAUCCAAGCUCCCUAAGAAAGCACGUGAAGGCACAUUCUUCCAAAGAGCAGCAAGCAAGGAAAAAGCUACGGUCUAGCACUGAGCUCCAUCCAGAUCUCCUCACAGACUGUCUCGCUGUGCAGCCUCUGCAGCCAGCCCCUUCCCCAAGAGAUGCUUCUGAUCACACCGUGGGACACUCCCCAGGGCCAGGGCCAGGGCCUGGGCCUGAACUCUAUUCAGCUCCCAUUUUCGCCAGCAAUCAUUCAGCCCGAAGUGGAACAGCUGCUGGGGCCAUGCCACCCCCACAUCCUGUCAGUCACCCUUCUCCGGGACAUAAUGUACAGGGGAGCCCCCACAACCCCUCCUCCCAGUUACCUCCACUCACAGCUGUGGACGCAGGCACUGAGAGGUUUGCACCUCCGACUCCGUCUCCUCACCACAUCAGCCCGGGAAGAGUUCCAGCUCCUCCGUCACUGCUUCAGAGAGCACAGGCUCCCCACACCCAGCAGCCUCCUGGCGCACUCCUGAAGCCCUACCAGCCAGAAACCAACUCUGCUUUUCAGUCAAAUGGUAUCCAUGUCCACGGAUUUUAUGGCCAGCUGCAGACAUUCUGCCCCCCGCAUUAUCCUGAUUCCCAAAGAACUGUGCCACCCAGCAGCUCCUGCAGCAUGAUGCCUGCCUUUGAGGACUGCCUAGUCCCCACAUCCGUGGGUCAAGCCAGUCUUGAUGUUUUCCACAGAGCCUUCUCAACACACUCGGGCAUCACAGUGUACGAUUUGCCUUCAGCUUCCUCAAGCCUCUUUGGGGAAUCUCUUCGAAGUGGCCCCGAGGAUCCCACGUUCUUGCAGCUCAGUGCUGUGGACCGCUGUCCUAGCCAGCUCUCCUCUGUGUAUACUGAAGGCUGAAAGCACCUGGGCUUCUCCUGCACAUUUGGGACCUUUGAGUAACUCAUCACCUCUUAUUUUCUUACUCUCACAAGCCGUGUGAAA